CUGUCGAUCAUGAUACGACCCGCCCCUAACACGGUAGCACUCCAAGCAAGCGGUCGGAUGUAAUUCUACUCACAGGAAGUUAGCAAAACGAGAAGUUGAAGUUGAAGAUGGAGGCUGCUGUGUUCAUUCUGUCUUUGAUCGAUUGCUGUGCUUUAAUAUUCCUAUCAGUUUACUUUAUAAUUACACUGUCAGAUUUAGAAUGUGAUUACAUUAAUGCAAGAUCAUGUUGUUCCAAAUUAAACAAAUGGGUUGUUCCAGAAUUGGUAGGCCAAGCAAUAGCCACAGCUCUGAUGUUAGUUUCAUUGCAUUGGUUUGUCUUCCUCCUGAACCUUCCUGUUGCAUCUUGGAAUAUGUACAGAUUUAUUCGGGUGCCCCUGGGAAACAUGGGUGUAUUUGACCCCACCGAGAUUCACAAUCGAGGGCAGCUGAAAUCACACAUGAAGGAAGCCAUGAUCAAACUUGGCUUCCACCUACUUUGUUUCUUUAUCUACCUGUACAGUAUGAUCCUGGCAUUAAUAAAUGACUAAGUUUUUAUGUCACCUUUGGAAUGAAGCUGCCAAAUCGUGAAUCAUCACUCCAGUUUCACUUAUACAGCAAUGAUCAAACACAGAACAUUUCAACAUGCAGUAUAUAUUUAUUUUCUUUAACAAUUAAAAAAUGUUUAGAUAUUUGUUAAAAGUAUUUUUCUCAUGAUCUUUCAGUACAAUCAGUUAUGUUUUAUCAAAAAAAAGACAGCAAAGCUAUAUUACCGUUUAGAUUAAGAUUCUUUGUUUGUUCUGUUUUAAAAACAUUUGAAGUAGAUUCCCAAAUAAAUCUUGACUAUCCCUGAAGAAAGAAUUCUAGUGUUUUUUAGUCUUCAAGGUACCAAUUCAUAUUUGUAUUCAGUUUGUAACCUGUGCUGCUAAAUGCAGGGAGUCUUAAGCUGUUGAGGCUCAAAAGGCUGCAGAUACAGUAGGUGUUUUGGAUGUAGCCUGCUGAUAGAAAGUUGACCCCAAAAUCCCCCAUAUUGGUUCCUGUAGAAUUGGAUACAACCAAAGAACAACAGGGAGGGGACCAUAUCUUUCCAUCUUAACCCUAAAGUUGUAUUUUUUUUUGUUUGUUUUAUAGUUGGCACUUUACCUCAUGAGCUGAGUGUCUUCAUUUGAUUUUAUAGAAAUGGUGACAAUCUUUGGUCCUCAAGGCCUUUAAACUCUUGAUUUAAUAUAAACAAUUAUUAACUACAUUCAGGACUGGGAUGGAGGUUUUAUUGGUUAAUAAAUAAUUUAGCACUUGGUUGGACCAAAGUCCGGUACUGUGAAGCCUCUUGUUGGUCCAUUUAGUGGUAGUAAGUUUAUGAUCCCUUUAGUCUUAGUUUUUGGUUACAAGCAUGAUCCAUGAACUUGUACUAUGUAUAUAAAUCAAGGUACAUAUAAAGGCUGUUCUGCCUGAGGAUCUUUCUAAGGACAGUAUAUUAAUUGAAGUAGCCAUUUCUAACAUCUUUAUCAAAAAAACGUCUUAAAUAAACAUGAAGCAUUUUAUUAUAGUGCUACAAAUGUCAAAUGCUAGCAAACAUUCCUGAAGAGGGGAAAAUAAAAGCACUGCUUUUCCAAAUUAAAUCUUUUGUCUGGAUUAAUUUUACAAGGCUAUACAACAUUACAGCAGGUUUUAUAGGUAACUAAACAGAUUUUGCCAAAUCCUCAAGAUACAAGAAUGUAAGUCAACCAUUCUGGCAUCAAGAUUAUUGGAAUAUCACAUUAGAUGUUACUGCAGAAAGACACCUAUAGGUUUUUUGUACUCACUCACAUUUCCAUGGAACUGUGUUGGUAUAGUGUGUCCCAAUGGAAAUGCUUUGCUCUUCCAUUUUAAUGUACAUCUGUCACUCAGUACAGGCUGGUUUUACAGACCCUGAUUAGCAUUAGUCUUAUGCUACCAAAUGUUACCUUAGGUAAGAUUGUCCAAGAUUAGUGCUAAUCGGGGUCUGUGAAACCAGACAUGGUGUUAACGACAACUGCCUUAUAAAUAUGCUUUUAUCUUAUAGACCUUUCAGAUAUCGUUCUGGUAUAAUUUGCUAAAAUGUUUAAUUUAUUUACAGGACAAGGUCCAAUAAGAUGGAAAUUCUACAGAAGAGCACUAGGGCCAUGCGAGGAAAAAAAAAAAAAAAAAAAAAAAAACUUUGAAAGGUGAAAUUUCGACAUUCUACAUACAGCUGGGUCUGGCAAAAAGCCGGAGAAGGUGGAACUCGGAACUCUUGUUUUACAUGGGAUUGAUCAAUAAUCUAUGUUUCUCUUUAGGCAAUAUACAGUUUUUAAUUAAGGCUCUUUGAAAAAAUACAUACGUUUGGAGCAAUGCAAAUUAUGUGUUUCUAUUAAGUAUUAUAAUGACAUCACCAAAGGUGUAAUUCCUAUAUGAAGAACGUAUUUCCCGAAGGUAUCCAGUAUCCGAUAAUAAAAACAAGGCAGCCGCAGCCCUAUGUAGUAGUACUCCAUUAAGGCUGGCUUUUCUAUAUUUAAAAAAAAAAAAAAAUGCCAUGCCC